GUCACGGUCUUACCUUCGUUUGUGGCUGUAAUCUGUACGCAAAGUCGGUUUGGUAGAAGGUGCGUUCUUUAGGUUUCGCGCGUGAACAAUGGGCAAACAAAACAGCAAACUCAAGCCCGAAGUAUUGGCGGAUCUUAAAGAGAACACGGAGUUUAAUGAGCAUGAGCUACAGGAAUGGUACAAGGGCUUCCUCAAGGAUUGCCCGAGCGGUUAUCUCUCUGUGGAAGAGUUCAAGAAAAUCUAUGGUAACUUCUUCCCGUAUGGUGACGCAUCCAAGUUCGCAGAGCACGUAUUCCGCACGUUCGAUAGCAAUGGCGACGGCACCAUCGACUUCCGUGAGUUCAUCUGCGCUCUGUCCGUGACGUCGCGCGGAAAACUCGAGCAGAAGCUUAAGUGGGCUUUUAGCAUGUACGAUUUGGAUGGUAACGGUUUCAUCUCCAGACAAGAGAUGCUGGAAAUCGUCAAAGCCAUCUACAAGAUGGUGGGCUCUGUUAUGAAAAUGCCCGAAGACGAGAGCACGCCAGAAAAACGGACUGAGAAGAUUUUUAAGCAAAUGGAUAAAAAUUUGGAUGGAAAGCUAUCUCUAGCCGAGUUCAUCGAAGGGGCCAAGAGUGAUCCAUCGAUCGUGCGCCUACUCCAAUGCGACCCUGCUCAAGGAUCUUCGGGAGAAUAGAUUUCAUUUGAAUUGUUUUAGUGUUGACUUUUAUUCUUCCUUUCCCAUAGAGGAAUGUAAGUUUCGUCUCAUAUCUUGGUUAAACUCGUGAUAACUUCCUUUUAAGAUAUUUACUCUCUUAACACUUUUCUUCACUGACAAGCCAGCCAAUCAAGAGAAAGCUGCUUUUUCCUUAGUUACACGCAUAGAUUGGGCCGAGCAUGUCAAGUUUAUUGAGCACAGCUGACCUCUUUUGACGCGGGCAGUCAAAAGCUAGGUUCUUGGCAGAUUUGAAUCGGCGCAUUUAGCCUUCUAAGAGGAGCAGUUAUAGAUAAUUUUUGUCGAUGCACGAUUUGUUGUAUAUCUUAGGGUAAGUUUUUUAGAUCGAAAGUUGUUUCAUUGUCUACAAAGACAGCCUUACAGAGAGAAUUCAUCCCUUUUCUUUUUCCUUCGAAUCAAAUGGUGAUUUAAAGAGCAGAGUUUCGAUCACUUAAAGAGAGCUCGCUAGUGGAAUAUUUAUUUAUUUAUUUCUAUGAUUGGUUUGUGGCAGAUAAGCACUGAUGGAGAAUAUGUUUUUCUUCUUGGUGUUUACCAGUGUCUUUUCUAAUGUAUCGAUGGAAACUCUCGACUUGAAAUAGGAAAGAAACCAAAGAACAAAACACAAUUUCUUUAACUUUGUUGCUUGUUAGUGUAGCAAUGUGUUAAUAGUCCUUUACUUAUUCACUUUUUUGGCUUCGAGAACUUAGGAAGGUAAAGAAAUGUCUGCGAACAUUUUGACCUAUCAUUGCAGUAUAGAUAUGACAGUCAACGCCCCAAAAUUUUGAGGGAAAAUUCCAUUUUGUUGGAGAAACGGGCUUCCUUUCCAUAGCAGUUCUCAAGCAUCCUUGCUGAUGCACCCAAUUUUCGGCUUGGUGGUAAUGUCUUCUCAUCGGUCAGCUUUUGGAGCUGACGAAUCCUUACGAAUGUAAACCGAGGGGGUGAUUGCAUUUUCGCAUAACGGUUUUUAUGUGCGGAAGGUAAUAUGUUUUCUGAUAAGGCGUGCCAUAAAACAGAAUAUUGUUGAUAGGCUGCUCAUGAGAAGUGAACGUCCUUGAAGGGCAGAUAUGUUAUUAAAGUAUGAAUGGACUAGAAUAUUGUUUCUCAUAAAGAAUGUGGACGGUUAACUCAAUACUUAAGUUAGUUCUAGUUGUUUCAUUUAGUGUCUUAACUUAACUUAAUGAAUAUUUUGUCAUUACAGUGUACGUCGCUGUCCAGCAAUACUUAGGUUAACUUUUUCUGUAAAGUUCCACUAGUCGAAAAGGGAAAAAAAUUAAAAAGGUCUAUGAAUUGUUAAUGACAAGCAGACCUUGCGUUGCAGACUUAGAA